AAAGAAUCAAAAAGAAGAAAAUGCCACGGGUCGCAGACUAUGAUCUGAAUAUUAUUGAGCUUUGUAAGAAUAUGUCUUCUCAAAGCAAUUUGAUGCACUUGAGGGACUUGAAGCCAAGGAACAAUACCUAUGAGCUCGGUUUUCACGGCAACGGCCACAGGAACGGCGCGUCGUCACAUCACUAUCAUGAUGCCUGCUGUGUGCCGGUGGACAGCUGGCUGAGCACCAACAUAGGCUUCCAGCUGUCCCCAAAGGGGGCACUCCAUGCACACGGACCAUUGAAGCCAAUCGACGUACAUCGUCACCCGCGCAGCCGCUCUGCCUGUGGAAAGCUGCAGAUCGCGGCUAGACGGCAGGCGGGUGAACAGGCGGAGAGGAAGGCUUACCCAAGGUCAUUCAGCUACGAUCGCUCAGCAGUUACUUCAAAGGACGAGGACGGGCCAAUAACCUUCUUGCGUUGGCCCAAUCGUGGUGAACUGGCGCUCUCAAAAUCCGGUAGCCCCCUCAUGACUUCAACUAGGACUAUUCGCCAAAAAUUCGUCAACGUGAAUAUCCCAACACGGAAUGGCGUGAUUUCGAUGCAGCCGAAGAAGCUCUUCGAGAUUGAUCCCGAAAUGCUGCAGUCCCUGGAUGACAAUAUACUAUCACAGCUGGAAAUAUUGGUUCACAACAUGCAACUAAUAUUGAAGAAGUCGUACGAUGCUGCCUCCAAGUAAUGCAUGCCACACACGAGUUCAUGAAAAAACAGCACAUACAUAUGAAUUGUUAUAUGAAUUGGAAAAUACGUCAUGGCUAAUUAAUAUGAAUAGAGUUAAAGUUAAUUAGCCAUAAUGUAUUUUCAAGUAUGCCAAUUAAUACUAGGCCUUUAAGUAUCGUCUAUAAGAGCUUAAUUAUAAUCGGUUUCCAACACUUAAUGUUAUUGAUUUCUUUGUUGAACAACACAUGUAAUGCACACAAUCGAUAGUAGGAAUUAUUAUUGCAUGACAACAACAACGAAACAAAACAUUCCAACAAACUUGGAAA